UGCUGCGUUCUCAUGCUCCUUGAGAUCACGUCGUCCCAUUAAACUAUAGCAAAUGCUGCUUUUCUCUCAUUUGCCUCUUGCGGUUUCCGUUUCUCGCCGGCGAUAAGAAGGUCUCGCCCUUCCUACGAUUCCGAGCUACACAGCUUGAGAUCGGACGAGAAAGAAGGAGAAAUGAUCGAUUUCAAUAGGAGUCCGAAGAUGAAACCCGCCGCCUGUUAGUCUCUGCCUCCAAUUUUCCCGUUUUCUCUCGUGAUGGAAGCGAUCGAGUGGGUUAUAAGAAGACGAGUUACUGGAUCCGUCGUUGGAGAGCAGGUAGAGGGCGAGGUGAGGAAGCUGCGGCGGCUGAGGCUCCCCCUCUGGUCCUGCCCGCCGAACCGCCCUCCCGGUUCUUGUGUUCCAGCAGGACAAGGCUUGGAUUUUUAAGUCGCCUUCCCUUCUUUCCUCCUCUUCUUCUUCUUCUUCUUCUUCUUCUUCUUCUUCUUCUUCUUCUUCUUCUUCUUCUUCUUCUUCUUCUUCUUGUUCGAGUUCUUGCGUUUGGAUCUGUCUUUGUUUCCCGCGUGGUUGCCGCUGUUGUUGUUCCAGCUAUGGGUUCUCUUCCAGAUGGGGAUCCGGGGUUCUUUAGAGGGUUUCCUAAUGGUCUGGGGUUCAGUUCUGGAUCGGAUGGGUCGUCGUCCUCGGUGGUGUUGGAUCAGGAAAGGAGUAAGCUUGUGGGGGCGCCUUCGAGGCUCGACGGCGGAGGGGCUCUGGACGCCAAAACGGCGAUGGCGAUGAAGAGCCACUGCGAGGCCGAGAGGCGGCGGAGGGAGAGGAUAAAUGGCCACCUUGCCGUGCUGAGGAGCAUGGUCCCCUGCGCCGACAAGUUGGACAAAGCUGCCUUGUUGGCCGAAGUCAUUGGUCAUGUAAAGAAACUCAAGAGGAAUGCUGUAGAAAUCAGCAAAGGCUACACCAUUCCAUCUGAUACUGAUGAGGUGAGGGUUGAAGUUCAAGGAGAUGCAAUGAGCACCAGCGGUUUUAUGGUCAAAGCAUGUCUAUGUUGUGAGGACCGGCCAUGGAUCCUUGCAGAUCUAAGACAAACACUUCACAGCUUGCAUCUUCAAACUAUUAGAGCCGAGAUUUCAACUUUAGGUGGUCGAAUCAAAAACGUGUUUGUGAUGAGAUCUGCAAAAAACUCCAGAAACAUCGACAGGCAUCAUUUUGUGGCUUCUGUUCACCAGGCUCUGAAGUCCAUACUCGAGAGAAUCAAUUCACAAGUGGACUUUCUGCCGAGGGCCACAUUUGCUAACAAAAGGCAAAAAAUCUCACUGUUGGAGUCAUCGAGCUCCGCUUCAUGACUAUUACAUUGAGGAAUUGAAGCGCAUAGUUGCACUGCUUGCACCUGAUAGGAUGUGAUGCUUGGUUUACAUGGACUGUUUUAUCUACCGUAGCUGAAGUAUGUCAAUAGUGCUGCUUUGAACUAGAAAUUGGUGUUUGAUGUAUGUUAUAUUGGGUUUCCUCACAUGUAAAUCUGCAAUGUAUGUGAACUUGAUGGACUAAAUUUAUAUAACUUGUCUUGUAAUUUUCA